AUGGUGUUUUGCACGUACUGUGGACAAUCCUUCACGAGGGACGAGCAUCUCGAACGCCAUAUCUUGACCCACACUAAUGUCAAGCCGUUCAAAUGUUUUACGUGCCACAUGUCCUUCGCCAGAAGGGACCUACUGCAGCGACACUACACCGUACAUGGCAAAGACCAAACCGGGCAGCAUGAGAUACCUGCUGCUGCGGGGAUGAUACCAAAGUCGGCAGGGAGAACACCAAUUGCAUGCAGCAACUGCGCGAAGACGAAGACCAAAUGUGAUAAGAAGUUUCCCUGUUCGAGGUGCGCAGGACGGAACUUACGAUGUACAUUGCGGCCGACCAGGCGUGUAUCGAAGAAUGCAGCGCGCGUGGGAGUGACUGUCGAAGGUGCUGUUGCGGUGCCUCAACCAAACUCGGAGAAUCACGCUCAGCAGCAAGAGUCUCAGCAGCAAACCGCGGCGCCAGUGCCCACAGAUAGCCCGCAACAAGGACCUCCAUCCACGCAGCCGGUGAGCCCCAAAGCUGUCUUGAACUCGAUAUCGGAGGAACAACAACAUCACGCGGAGCCCAGUGUGGAUGGACCACCCACGCAGUAUGCUGAACAGCCCACCAGUGGUGGUCCCCUGCCGCCCAGCUCGUUUUCGCCGCCAUUGCACACACCGGGCUUCAUGCAGCACACCCCUCUGUCCGGAUACGCUGAGUUUGCAAACAAUAUGGGCAAGGAUAGCUCCGAUGAUGAUUCUAGUCCCCGGUUCAUGUUAGAUUGGAGCCAAAUGCAAAUGCCGAUGGGCUACGAUGGGCUGGUGCCACCACACAUGAUCAUGAAUGCAGAGAUGGGAUUCGACACCACCAUACUUUCCAGCAAUGAUGCCAUGCUAUCGAUACUGCCUGACGUGGACGGCGGCAUGGGCCCUCUGCUGACGCCUCUCGAGACACCCAAAAUUCAGGGUGCUUUUGCGGACCUAGAGCUCAGUGCUACAGCGACACUUCCGUCACAACAUCGGCCGUCGAUGGUGUCGAUGGUGUCGUCACAAUCGGUGCCGUCAAAUCCUUCGACGCCUUCUUCAGACACGAAUGGUGAGAUAUUCGAGAUCAUCCAGGCCCAGGAUGCCUGGUCAGUGUUCCAAUGUACGCCCGUUCUGCCUUCGUCAGCUUGUCCCAAAACGGCAAAGCGAAACCUUGAGCGACUGGAAGACACGCUACGGAAUCACGAAGGUUGGGCAAGCUGGAGUCCCUCAUGGGAUGAAACAGAUCUGGCGGGCGGCGACCACUUGACGGUGAUGCAGCUUCAUGAGAGUACUCGAGACAAGUUAUUGGCCAUCACACAAAGCUUUCUCCACAAGGCGCUCGAGAUCCACAGAGAAGGUGACGGCCGUCGGUCCUCGGGAACUGGAUAUCACAGUCCCAACUCGUACUAUGGCUCGAACUUUGUCUUACUGCCGCCCGCUCGCGUCCUGGAGUACUUUUUACGAUCCUACUCGAACAGUUUCGAGCGCUACUACCCUCUCACAUCACGGGGUGUCCUCGAUGCGAAUGAAUUGCUACACUGCCACAAUGACCGGGCCGCAAGUCUCCUGGUGCUCAUGAUGAUUGCUCAGGGAGCCAUGAAUAUCUCCUCGACGGAAGCACGCCUCCUGACGGGCGGCUUGACCGAAGCUUGCCGCAUAUCAUUAUUUGAUCUGAUCGAGAGGAAUAUCAUCAUGUCGGGAGACCCGAUCGUGCUCCAUUCUGCUCUACUGUUUAUCGUCCAAGCUGCGUGGAGCGGCGACAAGUGGCAAAUGGACAUUGCCAUGGGUCAACGCGGAAUGUAUCUUGCCAUGCUGCGACAUUCCGGUAUGCUGGACAAACCUGUGCCGUCGACCAGCGUCAACCAGCACUCGUCAAGAGAUCAGUUGUGGCAGGAGUGGAUCCGCAACGAGUCGAAAAGCCGGCUGAUAUAUUCGUGGAUCAUGGUAGACCAAGAUAUGGCCCUCUUCCACGACACUGCUCCGCUGUUCACUGUCUCCGAGUUCGCUGCACCUAUGCCUGAUGCGGAUCGGUUGUGGCAGGCGAAGAGUGCGGUUGAAUGGUCCUCUGUUUUUGAACAGGUGCAUGAAUUCUCCGGUGGCUACUCCUCCGUUGGUUCUGGAGCUCGUCCGUCAUCGCUUCGCGACUUGUUUCGCCACUUCCUCGACGAUGAAAUGGUCCCGUUGGGUAUCGAGAUGACGCCCCUGCAUCUGCGCUUGCUCCUGCAUCCUCUGCAGUCGCUGGUGUGUCAAUACAGUCAACUCCUCGGCUGCUUCUCCGAGACUCGUUCGAGUCGGACUCAGGGCCAGACGAGAGCCGUCAGUGCGUCGUCCACCAGGCACCGGCUCGAAGAAGUGCAGUCCCUGCUGGGGAGAUGGUUUGACCUUGCCGAGCGAUAUCUGAGGGCGAAUCCAUUAUGUCCCAUGAUGCAGACGAACCUGAUCAUCUUCCAUUUGAUCAGCCUCAAUGCUGUGACCAACUUUCCCGAAAUCGAAAAGCUGGCCCGACGAGAGAACUUUGACGGGACUUACCAGCAGCUGGUCUGGACGCACAAACGAUGCAUCCACGAUGUCGAGGAAGCCAUCUAUCACUGCGGCCAAGUGCUUCGCAUUGUGCGAAGCAUGUCGGGGGGCACUCGGCCUCCAUGGUGGGCCGGAGCAAUCUAUCGCGCCGGUCUUGUCCUGUGGACGGAUAGCCUGACACACAAGGAACAGUCGUCGCCCCACAACAACAACGGCAUGUUCCCCUCUGUGCCAGGCCCGUCGUUUGCCAUUGAUGCCUUUACCGCCGAUCAUCCGCUGAUUGUGCGCUACCUGACGAAGCGCGAGGGCGUGCCUUGCGUGACGAAGCGCGAUGGUUCGCAAAUAUCGUCUUUUGAUCGAGGAGAAUUAGGCCAAACUGUCGAGAUUCUUGUGUAUGUCUAA